AUUAGUGCCGCUCCGCGCAGCCGCGGGGCCAUGAAGCGCGGGGCGGUGAGACGGGGCGAUGCGAGGAAGGGCAGGAGGAAGGUGCCGCCGUCUGAUGGAGCCUCAGCGCGGAGCGACCCGCAAUGCCUCGAAACCUUCGCUGCGGAAACGGAGGCUGCGCUGAGAGCUUGUUUGGAGGCGGAGCGCGGCGUCGCGGAGCCGAAGAUCCCGUGUGCUCUGGCCAUGUGGGAGCUGGGACACUGCGACCCCAAGAAAUGCACCGGGAGGAAACUGGCCCGGAACGGGCUGAUCCGAAACAUGCGGCUCAGCCAGAGGUUCCCGGGCGUCGUGCUCAGCCCCAUGGCCGCUGUCUGCGUGUCUCCUGCCGACAGGCACAUCGUUGCUCAGAAUGGAAUUGCUGUCAUCGAUUGUUCGUGGGCUAAGUUAGAAGAAACACCCUUUAAGAAAAUGAGAGGAGGUCACCUGCGCCUGCUGCCUUACUUGGUGGCUGCAAAUCCUGUCAACUACGGCCGGCCGUGCAAGCUGUCCUGUGUGGAAGCUUUUGCUGCAACUUUUUGUAUUGUUGGAUUCCCAGACCUGGCCACCAUUCUGCUGAGGAAAUUUAAAUGGGGGAAGACGUUUAUUGAGCUGAACAAAAAUCUCCUGGAAAAAUACGCAGCUUGUCAGUGCCAUGAAGAAGUGCUGAGUGUUGAAAAGGACUUCCUAGCUAGUGCUGAAGAAAUAAAGGAAGAAGAAAUAGAUCCAUUUGAUGUCGACUCAGGAAAGGAAUUUUGUAACCUCAAUAGGCCAAUCAAUUCUUCAAGAAUAACAGAAAGUAAUGAAGAAUCAGAGGAGGACAGUGUGAGCAGCACGACGGGUGAGAGCAGUGAGAGCAGCGAUGAGAACAGCACAGAAGAUGAUGAUCCUGGAAAGACUUUGCAAGAACAGCCAAUAAUAAAUCAACUAUCUGAAAAGUGAAAACAAUAAAAAAACUGCACCAAAACCACCCCAGCAGCCCAGAGUUCUGUGCAUCCUGUAUAAAUAAACUUUCUUGAUAACAAUGAAGCCUUUCCACCUGUAA